AUGGAGUCCGAAAGGCUGUUGUCAAAGGAGAAGGGCAAGAGGAGGUUCGAAUUGUACACCGAUCCUGAGCACCAGUCCGCCCAGCUCCCAAGCAACGGAAGCGGGCCUUCGGAUGGCGAGCACCGCGUCGAGGGAGAGCAGCAUGCGACGCAGAAAUCUGGCAUGACGUCGGUUCAGAAGAAACUGUUGGCCAGCCUGGCGGUGGUGAGGAUGUUGAACGGCUCUCUGAUAGCCGUCAUGAUCCCGUUCUUUCCCGUUGAGGCCGCCUCGAGAGGCGUCUCACAAACUGUCAUCAGUGGUCUAUUCAGCUGUUUCUCGGUAGCGAGGAUGAUCACGAACCCGUUUAUUGGUCGGUUGGUGCCUUUGAUUGGCCUUAACCGGCUGUACAAUUUUGGCCUGGUUACUGCCGGCCUUACUACCAUCGUCUUCGGCACGCUCAAUUACAUCGCAGACACGUCUACGUUCGUGGCGGCUUGCUACUUGGUGAGGCUGGUGGAAGCCAUUGGCUCGGAAGCUAUUACCAUCUGCGGCUUCACCAUCGCUGGCAGCCAGUUCCCCAGCAGAGUGAACAGGGUCGUGGCGCUGAUGAUCUCAUCUCUGACAAUCGGCCUAGCGUUGACGCCAGCGAUCUGGGGCGGCUUGUUCGCCCUCGGUGGCUUCGGCACACCCUUCUACACGCUUGGCGUCAUCAUGCUGCUGAUGGCGGCUCUUAACCUGCGCCUCAUGCCGACCAUCCAACAAGCAGCCAACGGAUCUAGCGCGAACUUCUUGAAAACACUACGUCUUUUCGCCAAGUCGACCGGCAACUGGGCCUGUAUGGUGACCGUGUUCGCAUCUGAGCCCCAUUGCCCGGCGCCGCUGCGGCAGAUCUGA